UUUAGCAUCAAAUCGUUUUAUGUUUACGCCGACAGCAAAACCGCUUAAAUUGCCCAAGUAUGGACGGCUGACGGCUCCGCUAAAUUUGACAAGAAAGUACAGCUGACCGGGGGUUGUUGGAAGAAAAGCCGAGAGAGUUGUUAUCUUUCGAUUUAAGCAGAAAAUUUUUCGAGAGCCCUGUUUCAUCACUAUGAUUUCUCUUACUCGUACUUCACUUCGUCUGUGCAAUAGCAUAAAUGUUCGUCUGCAGUCAACACUUGUCUUUGCUGAACAUGACAACAAAAAACUUAACCCCAUCACGUUGAAUGCCAUCACUGCUGCUUCUCAAAUUGGUGGUGAUGUAACCUGCCUAGUGGCAGGCUCUUCAUGUGCUGAGGUGGCAGCUGAGGUAGCUAAAGCAGUUGGAGUAAGCAAGGUGCUGCUGGCUGACAGUGCUGAUCUGGAAGGUUUUCUUCCAGAGCGACUUACCCCUAUUAUUCUUGCCAGUCAGAAGCAGUUUAAUUUUACUCAUGUCAUUGCUGGGGCGACUGCACUGGGAAAAUCACUGAUGCCUAGAGUUGCUGCUAAGCUGGAUGUGGCUCCAGUGAAUGACAUCAUUGCAGUCCAGAGCGCUGACACGUUCGUGCGGACAAUCUAUGCUGGCAAUGCUCUUCAAACUGUCAAGAGCUCCGACCCUGUCAAAGUGAUCAGUGUGCGGGGCACAAGCUUCGAAGCCAGCAGCGCGGAAGGCGGCUCAGCUGCCACUGAGAGUCUCCCCCUCCCACAGCUUGACACCACACAGUCGAAAUUCUUGGGUCAGCAGCUCUCAAAAAGCGAAAGACCCGAGCUUAGCUCUGCUAAGAACGUUGUGAGUGGAGGUCGUGGGCUCAAGAGCGGCGAGAACUUCGAGCUGCUGUACAAGCUGGCUGACAAGCUCAACGCUGCAGUGGGCGCCUCCCGCGCCGCCGUGGACGCUGGCUACGUGCCUAAUGAUAUGCAGGUGGGGCAGACUGGCAAGAUCGUGGCGCCUGAGCUGUACAUCGCGGUGGGCAUCAGCGGGGCCAUCCAGCACCUUGCGGGCAUGAAGGACAGCAAGACCAUCGUCGCUAUCAACAAGGACCCUGAGGCUCCCAUCUUCCAGGUUGCAGACUUUGGCCUCGUCGCAGACUUGUUCAAGGCUGUGCCAGAACUCACCGAAAAGCUUUAGUUCAUCAUUAUUUUUUAUUUGAUACUUGAAUUACGAACGAAUUAUGAUGUGACACUCAAAUUUUGUGUAGCUUGCAGCGGAUCCUUUGAAUUUAGAUACGUGCAUCAUAUUCACCAAUAGAAUGGUGCUCAGCUCUUCCAUGACUCACAUUACGUCUCACUUAAUUUAUUGAACAACGUUGUUCAAUACAAUGAUCAUUGAAUUCCGCAUACGCAAUACAAUAGGUUUUAUGGAAAUUUUCGAGGCUUCCGUUACUUUUGUACAUACCUUCGUGCUCCGCUAAUCGUGCAUAACUCUGUUGUAUGCUAAUAUUUUUAUUUAGCUAUUGUGGGAUAUAAAUGCGAAUUUUUGUAAUAAACUUUGAAAUUUUAUUCAGUUUUUCAUGGUGAUGAUAAGCAAAAUGAACCUUACCAAUAAAUUAUGAACUUUCGCCCAAUAAUUUUGUAGUUCGUGAUUGACUCUUUCGACUAAUAGCAACUAUGCCUUUGUCCAGAUAGUUAUAUUUGAUACUAAAUUAAAACUGGUAAA